AUGACCAGCUGCCUGCCAGGUCGCCAUCCGCAAGCCCAAGCACAUCAAGGAUUCUACGAUGCCUUUCUGGCCUCAGUGUGCGACAUCAACCAAAAGCUUAUGCCCCAGUUGAGGGAUUUGUCACGCCCAAAGCGGCUGAUGAUUGUUGGCCACAGCAUUGGUGGGGCCAUUGCUAUGGGAGCCUUAGGUUAUUUGCUGCAAACGUACGACUUCGCAUCGUCACCGCAUCGCAUCCUCUUCGUGAGCACCGGGCAACCACGCUUUGGCGAUGAGGUCUUUGCAACGACGUUGGACAAGCAACUGGCUUCUCUGAAACGCACUGGAAAGUGCUGCGCCGUGCGCUUGGUGAAUGACUGCGAUGCGGUGCCCACGGUUCCCCAAAAAAGCCAUGGAGGCUACCGCCAUGCCGCGAAGCUCUGUCUCUUGACCUCGGAAGGUGACUUGCUCAUCGGCCCUGAGAUUGAAGAGCGUGACAUGGGAAGCCUGGCGGAGAACGUGGACGAGCACCGCACAGAGCACUGGAUGAAUUGGAGUUCGACGGUGUUUCGAAGUGGUGCCAAGGUUACCAACGGCCAAGUUACGAACUUUCCAGCCAAUGGUGAUUUAAUGGAAUUUCAUGGAAUUUAA